AUGUCGGUGUUACCGUUGCUCAGCUGGACGCUGCUGCUCCUGGCUCAGAGCGCUCCGCUGCUGUCUCUGACCGUGCAUCCGGACGCCGCCGCCGCCGCCGCCGCCGCUGCCGCUGCGCAGUGCCCGUCCUGCGCGCUGGCCCGGAUGAGGAGGAACGAGGGGGGCGCGGGCGCCGCGGCGGCGGCCGGACACGACCCGGAGGAGGCUCAGCAGGACGUGGUGGAGGCGGUGAAGAGGCACAUCCUCAACAUGUUACACCUGCAGGCGCGGCCCAACAUCACGCGGCCCGUGCCGCGCGCCGCGCUCCUCAACGCGCUGCGCAAGCUCCACGUGGGGCGCGUGGCGGAGGACGGCAGCGUGCAGAUCGAGAGGGGGGAAGAGGAGGAGAGGAACAGCGGCGACGCGCAGGAGACGACGGAGAUCAUCACCUUCGCCGAGGCUGGGGACUCUCCCGGCUCGGUCCACUUCGUGCUCUCUAAAGAAGGAGGCGACCUGUCUCUGGUGGAGCAGGCCAACGUCUGGCUCUUCCUUCGCCUCGCCAAGACCAAUCGCAGCCGAGCCAAAGUCACCAUCAGCCUCUUCCAGCAGCAGCGGGGGGGUGGCGGGGGGGGCCGGCUGCCCAGCGGGCGCCAGUCCUCGCCGCGGGACGUCCCGCUGUCGGAGAAGACCGUGGACACGCGCCGCAGCGGCUGGCACACCUUCCCCGUCUCCGCGGCGGUCCAGGCGCUGCUACAGAGCUCCGACAGCUCCACGCUGAGCCUGCGGGCGUCCUGCCCGCUCUGUGCCGAUGCCGGGGCCACGCUGGUCCUGGUCUCCGGCGGCUCCAGCCAGCGGGACCAGUCCCACCGGCCGUUCCUCAUGGCCGUGGUGCGCCCCGAGGACAGCGGCGAGGCUCGGCGCCGGAGGAAGCGCGGCCUGGAGUGCGACGGGAAGGUUCGAGUCUGCUGCAAGCGCCAGUUCUACGUCAACUUCAAGGACAUCGGCUGGAACGACUGGAUCAUCGCGCCGCCGGGGUACCACGCCAACUACUGCGAGGGCGAGUGCCCGUCCCACGUGGCGAGCAUCACGGGCUCCACGCUGUCCUUCCACUCCACCGUCAUCAGCCACUACCGGAUGCGCGGCUACAGCCCGUUCCAGAGCCUGAGGUCGUGCUGCGUGCCCACGCGGCUACGGGCCAUGUCCAUGCUGUACUACAACGAGGAGCAGAAGAUCAUCAAGAAGGACAUCCAGAACAUGAUCGUGGAGGAGUGCGGCUGCUCGUAGAAACACAACAACAACAACAACAACAACAACAACACAGACACCCUGAACCUGGUAUCGGUCCGGAGAGAGAACACGACUGGAGGGGAACCAGAGAACCAGAGAGAGAGAGAGAGAGAGGAUUCA